AUGGCUAAAUCCGAUGAAGGUAUUCCUGCAGUAUCUGGGGAUGAUACUCUAAAAUCUUUACUUUUACAAGAAACUCCAUUGUGGGUUAUGGAUAAUCCAAUAGAUACACCGGAUAAGCCUUUCAUCGGCAUGCAGUUUGAUUAUGACAAUGAAGCAUAUGAGUUCUAUAACAAUUACGGAGGAAGAUUGGGUUUUAGUGUCAGAAAAGACUAUGUAAAUAAGAGCAAGAAGGAUAAAAAUGUGAUAACUUUGAGGAGAUUUGUUUGUUGUAAACAAGGUAUUCGGCCAAAAGACAAGCGUGUUGAUGAUGCAAGUAACUCUCGAGCAGAGACGAGAACUAAUUGUGCUACUCGUAUGAGAAUAAUUCUUUUGAAAACUGGAAAAUACGAAUGCCAAGAUUUUGUUGAGGAGCAUAAUCAUGAGCUUCAUGUAGCAUCUACCACCCAUAUGUUGCGGUCAUAA